AUGUUGGUUCUACUGCUGCUCGUUCAGUACCCUGCCUGGGUCCAGGCCCGGGAUUCCCGCCAUGAUUCCCGCCAGGAAUUCUGCCAGGCGACCUGCUCACGGCCUGAUGCUGACAGAAUCUGUGGGCUGGGACUAGCAGGAAACUGUACGGAUGUGUGUCUCGGCUACCCUUCCUCAGGAGACUGCACGGCAUGGCCGUUUGACAUGUUGCCUGAGUACGAGUCUGUUCCCGGCCCGAGGAACCUGCAGGUCACCCCGGCAGCCGGCAGCUCGGGCGGGAGGGACGCCGUCAACAUCACCUGGCAGCCGAGUGGAGACGCCAUCCGAUGUCUGAAGGGCUUCACGGUCCAUGUUGUGGAGAUGAGUUCAGCCUCCUCCUCAAUCUGUCAUCAGGUCAUCCUGGGCUUCAACAUCACUCUCAAACACGAGGAUAACCAGGGGCAGUUUAGCCACGUGGUGCGCGGCCUGAGCCCGGACACCAGUUACGGCAUCACCGUCCGGUCUCUCCCCUCCCGCCGGCCCAGUCACGGGGAUGACGACAGCGUGCUCAUCCAUAAGUACAGGACAAGGCCCUGUGAGAGCAUACCGGGGUGUAAGACCAGACCCAGUCCGUCCCGGUGGCACCCGCCCCAGCCUGUGGUGACGUCAGUGGGCCGGAGUGUCGUCAUCAGGGCCAGGACAGCCCGCCAGUUCAACAUCCGGUCCUACAGUCUGUACCUGGGGAGACCCACGGGAAGCGAGCCGUAUCCGGACAUCAUCGGUGUGACACAGAAACACCUGUCCCUUAAGGAGAGCAGUAAGAAAUACUUCCAACACACCUUCCACGACAUUCCACCUGGGCAGUACACCUUACAGUACAGUGUGGAUGCCAGAGAUCCCUUCAGGAGUUACCCGGUACAUUUUACUGUGACAGACUGGGUCCCUGAUGACGUCAUUGUACACCAGACCGCUCGGAACGUGACGGUUGAGUUUGAAGGCCCGACCCGGAAGUACAACCUGUCUACAUGUGACGUCACUCUCACCAGGAAAUCCUACCCUGAACGGUCAUGGACACGGAGAGUCGUCUUGGAGGCAAACGUUUUGGUUGUCUUCGCGAACAUGAAGCCAGACAUAUAUGUCGCCAAGGUAUCCUCUCCGUUUCCAGAAGCUUUUCCUGUCAAAGAAAAGAUGAUCGAAGUUACAGACUGGAUCCCAAGAAAACAGGAUAUUCAAGUCAAAAUAAAGACCGUUAACGUGAGGGUAGGCCGUGGCCGUUCUGGGGGCCGUUCGAAAGGUCGGUCCAGCAAAGGCCGGUCUAGUAGCGGGUUCCAUGGCCAUGCCAGCCACCCGGGCGGCAAGAGCAGCAAGCGGAGGCGGCAGGAGACGCGGGUUCGGGUGACGUUCCCCCGGCCGGAGCCGCGGCAGCAGUACGACUACAGCGGCGGGUUCUACCUGUUCCACGGCAAGGACCCGUCAAGUCUGGAAAGGCAGGCCGUCCCACGGCCGGUAGGGGAGAACUGGACCAACGUGACUGUCGUUCUGAAGGACGUGCCGGGAGGAAUCAUGUUCUUCCAGGUGUCGGCGCCCUACGAGGACGCCCAGCGGAGUGAGUUGGUACUGCAGCGCGUCCGGCGCCCGCCCGGGUCCCGGCACCGUGGGAAGAACGGCCGCCGCCGUGACCGUGACCGUGACAGGAGGCGCAGACGUAAACAGCAACACAACCGCAGCCAGGCUCGGCUAGCCAGCAGGAACCAGCUGGAGGAGUAGCCUCUUACAGACUUCGAGAGGCGACUGGAAAGCGUAGAAACUGGCCAAAUAGAUAAAUAACAUGCUAGAGAAGUUGGUCCGCCAGAGAGUACAUGUUGCCGCACCCGAACAUGUACCCUCUCUGGCCGGCUAACUCCCCUGGUAUACUAGCUAUUCCCUUUAUUGUGGCCAAUUUCUACUUUUUUAGCGAUCCGCGGUGCCUGGUAGAGACUAAUAAUCUUAAAGCGUACUCAAGUAAAAAGCUGACGCCUAUCAAAUAUUUUCCUUGUUAUCAUCGGAGUGUUAUUUGUUAUGUUAAGUAAUAGAAAGGAGGUCAUUGAUAUUUCUGAUGUAGUGUAAAUGCGCAGAAAAGAGCUUUAUAUUUUUACAUCUGUAUGACGUUGAUGACAGACCUGGUUCCUGGUGAAUCAGGGUACUUAUCUACUAAUAUCCAAGAUACGGGCUCCUGAAGCACUCAUUGCAAUAAAACGAUAUUCCGUCGAAAGCAAAGACUAAGAGCAUCCACUUUACGUUUCAAACACUUCUGUGGAAAUAUUACUAAGGAGGUUUUUUAUUUUAUUUUUAUCUUUAUUUUAUUCACAUGGAUUUUUGAGCAUUGGAUAGGAAGCACUUGUUGUGCUUAUGUAAAUCCGCUGCUCAUAAAACAUAAUACAAAAGUAAACAUAAAGAUGAUAUAAAGUGUUGCAUAAACAUAAAAUGAAAGUGGCUGUUUUUGUACCAAAGACUCACACUAUGGAGAUAAUAUAUUUCAUUUCAUCAUGACUGCAUGCCCUGACUUUUAGGGACAGACUUGCUAUUAUUAUUUUCCAACUCCACUGCGAAGAAAACUGUACUAGUAUAUUGUGGAACGUGGUUUGUGUCACUCGUAUGCAAUAUUACCUGUAUUCAUUUGUGUAAUAUCACAAACAUAAUAUGUGUAUUCCUGGACGUAGCAAUUCUAUGACAGCAACAGUAAAGCAAUUCAUAUUAUUAUCGUUAUCUUUUAGGUGCAAACGUUUCUGCAGAUUUAACAUCGAUUUUAUAUAUAAUACUUUUAUAUACGAGCGUCUACUGUGACAGAAGAAGGCCGAUGAUAUGAUGAUAAUACAAGAAUGACGGUACCGCGUUGUGAGUUCUGAUGGUGAAGAUAAAAAAAAUAUGGACGUUU